GCUCACUAGUCGACCACUUGAGUUAGCCCCCUAGGGUGUAGGAUUCUCUAGUUUGCAACGCUAUUAUGCUAAUGGCAAAACUUUCAGUGAAAUCCAUGUGAGAUCUGCAAGAAGGAGGCAACUGCUUAGCUUCUACUAGGAUGUUUUGAAUGUGUACAUCCUUUGUAGCUGUAGACACUGUUAGCUAAGAAGCUUCAUAAGAGCUUGUCUGUUGUAGUACUUUUGUUGUCUUGUAAAUCUUCAUUAUUAUGUUGGAAGUGAAUCUAAAAUUCUGAACUUUUCUUCUCUUGAUUCCUACCUCAAUUCUAACACAACCAAUAAUUUACCAUGCUUCAAAAAACCUCUGCAGCCAAUAUGUUUUGCAAUUUGCUAGAAUUUAUAAUCUGGGUUCUUGAUUUUCUGUGUUGAAUUGAAGAUUAUGCUUUAAUUUCUGGAAUUCAGUCAGGGAUGUUCAUAUUUUAAACAUGGAGAUAACAAUCUUUACAAUUUCUUGAAUCUCUGCCGAGGCAAAAUUCACCAGAUUCCUCUUUCAUGAUUAGGUUUCUACACAAUCUUGAAUUGAAAACCCUAUGCAAGCAUAAUUUGCCUAAAGCUGUUGUUUUUAUGAUUUGGGUUUUCAACUAAUCACAUCUCUGUGGCUGCUGCAUUGUUGUUUUGUCAAGAUCCACACAUCCACAAGUAGUGGAUAAAGGGAACAGUGCCACGUGGAGGAAAUCUGGCCUCUGCUGACACAUUUUGUGAAGGCACAGAUUCUUACUGAGAUGAUGAUGAGGAGCUAAUUGGUGUAAGAUCAAGAUUCUUCCAUGGCUUCCUUGCUCUCCCCAACUGCUGCCACACCAUUUAACCAAAAAAGCCCUAAUAAACUGAUUUGCUUCUCCCCUUCAAAACCCACAUUAAGCACCCUUAUCCUCCCCUUAUCCCACCAUUCCAAGAGGAAAACCUUGUGUCUCAAUGCAUUCUUUGAUGGCAGUUCUUCAUAUUUAGACAUUGCCUUGUCUCGAUUCCCCGGGUUCGAAUCCGGGUACACCCAGUUUCAGAGGGUGGCUGAGGAGUUGCCAGAAGGGCAGAGAUGGGGUUUGCUGGUUUUUGCAGGGCUGAGUUGGAUAUACUUGACUGCUAGGCCGGGCGUCCUCAUCGGCGCCAUUGAUGCAUACAUUCUUGCCCCUUUGCAGCUUGGAUUGGACAGUUUGAGUGGGAGGAGGAGCUUGAAGAUGACAGAUUUCUUGGUUGGUGACAAAUUGGGAGAAGGGUCAUUUGGUGUGGUUUAUUCUGGUGUGGUUGUGCCCAAGAAUGUCACAAUUGAUGAAAGAAUCAAGAAAAGUAGAAGCCAGAGAGCCCUGGCCUCUGAUCCUAGGUUCAAAGAAAAGGUCAUUCUUAAGAAGGUAAAGCUCGGUGUCCAGGGCGCCAUCGAGUGUGGUGAAUUCGAGGAGUGGUUCAAUUACAGGCUUUCCCGGGCAGCACCCGAGACCUGUGCUAAGUUCCUUGGAAGCUUCACUGCUGAGAAAACCAAUUCACAGUUCACAAAGGGGGAGAAAUGGCUAGUCUGGAAGUUUGAGGGCGAUCGAGACCUGGCUGACUACAUGAAGGACCGCGCCUUCCCUGUGAACUUAGAGUCUGCAAUGUUUGGCCGUGUGUUGCAAGGGAUGGAUUCCAUCGAGCGAAAUGCGCUUAUAAUCAAGCAAAUAAUGAGGCAGAUCAUUGCUUCCUUGAAAAAGAUUCAUGAUUCGGGGAUAGUCCACCGGGAUGUGAAGCCGUCUAAUUUAGUCGUGACAAAGAAGGGGCAGAUCAAGCUGAUAGAUUUCGGGGCUGCAACAGACCUCAGGAUUGGGAAAAACUAUGUCCCUAACCGGGGCCUUCUUGAUCCCGAUUACUGCCCUCCCGAGCUUUAUGUAAUGCCCGAGGAGACUCCGAAGCCUCCCCCGGAGCCCAUUGCUGCACUGCUUUCCCCAAUUUUAUGGCAGCUGAACAGUCCUGAUCUUUUCGACAUGUAUUCUGCUGGGAUAGUGCUGCUGCAAAUGGCGAUUCCAGGCCUGAGGUCCACAGCAGGCCUGAAGAACUUCAAUCUGGAGCUGAAACAGGCCGGGUACGACUUGAACACGUGGCGGGAGAGGUGCAGAUCGAGGUUCGAUUUCAGCAUUCUCGAUCUCGACUCCGGGCGAGGCUGGGAUCUCGCUACAAAACUCAUCUCUGAUCGAGGGUCCCUGAGGCGUAACCGCCUUUCUGCCUCUGCUGCUCUUAGGCAUCCUUAUUUCUUGCUAGGCGGGGAUCAAGCCGCCGCAGUUCUCUCCAAAUUCAGCUUCACAAAGUAGACAGAACCGAUAGUGAGACUGCACGUUUAUAUUUUAUAUAUUAUAUGCUCGACAGACGAAUUGUCACAGAAGUUUUGGAUGCACAACAGAUGAGGAAAGGAUUGGCAGAUGGUCUGUUGUUGGUACAAUGUUGUCUGCUGGGAUCAUACAUUCUGGGAUGCAAAGGCUAAAUACAUUAAUCCCACCAAAAAAACUUUUUAUUUUUAUGAUCUUAGAUCAAGGGAGUUUCUCCUGAGGAAAUAGGCAUAUUUGAUAUUUCUCUGCUAUGGUUUUCACUUGCAUAGCGUUGUUCAUAUAUUCAUGUCACUGUCUAUUUUAUGAUGAACAAAGAAAUUACAUGAGCAUUAUAGAUUA